UAUGACAAACACCUUGAAGGCUUAUGGAUAGAGUUUAAUGCCUUUUGUAAUACACAUAAUUUAGUGGCACAUUCAGCCCACCCAAAUACAGUGGUGAUAUUUUUAACCUGGGCAAAUAUGACAUCAUGUUCAGCGAACCUAUAUGUCUAUGUGGCGGCAAUUAGCCGUUAUCAUCGAAGUAAUAGAUUAGAGGAUCCUACGACAGACUAUAAUGUGCAACGCCUAUGA